AUGGUGGCAUCCGAGAGCGAUUCGCCGGUUGAGCAACCCAAAACCACAACCCCAGCCACAGCCACCACCACCACCAACACUACCAAGGCGCCGUCAUGCCCAAUGAAAGCAUGGCCGCGAGCUAUUCAGCACAUCGAUCGGAAAGACUUAUACACCAACCUUGAAGACCGAAUACACUACCUGCAUACCUUUCUCGACUUCAGUUCUAACGACAUCGAGGCCCUAAUCAGCGGAUCAAAGUAUAUCAAAGCCCUGAUACCAGCCGUCGUGAAUAUUGUCUACCGCAAACUCCUCCAGUAUGACAUCACAGCGAGAGCGUUCCAAACACGAAGUACGAGCUUUGAGGGCCCUCUUGACGAAUUCCCAAGCGAAGAUAGUCCACAAAUCAUGCACCGAAAGAUGUUUCUCAAGGGAUACUUGAUCAAGCUGUGCUCGGAUCCGAGCAAGAUGGAGUUUUGGGAAUAUUUGGACAAAGUUGGUAUGAUGCAUGUUGGCCAAGGGCGAGAACAUCCCCUACACAUCGAAUACAUUCAUAUAGGCGCCUGUCUUUCCUUUAUCCAAGACACAUUCACAGAGGCGAUCCUGUCGCAUCCACGAAUGCAAUUACAUCGCAAGAUAGCCCUGGUCAAAGCUCUGGGCAAGGUGAUUUGGAUUCAGAACGAUCUUUUUGCGAAAUGGUACGUGAGGGAUGGCGAUGAAUAUUCUGAUGAGUAUGUCAACAAGGUGGAAAUUGAACGGGAAGGGUACCUGCACGGGAAGAAGAUUGUCAAUGACUCGGACGACUCUGCCAUGGACUCUAGUGGAUAG